AUGGUUUCACCACAGAGGUCUCCCCCGAAAAGACGGUCCAUCUCACCAGGACCAGGAAGUUCCGACGGUGCCAAUGCGGCCGAGAAGGGAGCGCAGGUGAGACACUUGGUGGGUCAAAGGCUGGAGGGCAGCGUGCGUAGCUUCCGGGAUUCUUGGGGUUUCGUGGUGUCGGAGGCCUUUCAGGGUGACCUGUACCUACACCGGCGCAACAAUAGCGAACUGGGACCGGUGCAAGCUGGGGAUCCUGUGAGUUUCCAGGUCUUGGAAGAUCCACCCGGCCAUUUCCAGGCGGUGGGCUGUCAGGUGCUGCCCGUGCCAUUGGCCCAGCUGACGGGGCAGCGCUUGUUUGGCUGGGUGAAAUCAUUCUACCCAGAAGACUGGGGAUUUCUGGCUUCCCUCCGUUUUGAGGGAGAACUCUUUGUCUCGCUUGGAGCUUUGGCCAAACAAUUGAGGGAUGUGGCACUGGCUGGCGAGGGAACAUGUGAUGAGUCGCGAGGGCACAUUAAGUGA